AUGAUGCCUACAGUCAUACAAACUACUGUAUAUACCAUUGCAGAAAGUGACGUUCCAUCAACCAGCAGUUUAUUUCUGCACGUUCCUAUCCUCAAACCCUUGAAGAAGGCACCUGAAGCACAGAAGAGUUUCUCUCCCCCGGUCCUCAGGGACUGGCAGCAGAUGUCAAAGAACACACCUUCCGCACAGAGGACGGCGACAUGUUCAGCCAAUAUGAAGAGCCCAGUCACUACAACCUGCGUCUUCUCCACAAUUCUGAUGAUAGCACAUUCGCUGCAGUGUUUAUAUUCUUUCAAUACGGUCCCGGGAGCCCAAGGUUUGGUUGUGGAGAUAUCAAACUGUACAUCCAGUCAAGAUGCCUGCAUAAUGAUCCUCUACAAUAUCGACAAAAGAAGUGACAAUAAAUUGAAUGGACAUCUAUUUCAUACGCGAUGUGCAGAGCAAUCAGAGUGUAAUAUGGCAGGAAGCAUGACUACAGCUGGAUUCUACAUAUCCUUUAAUAGCACCUGUUGUAAUACAGAUAAAUGUGUCCCACCAAGGCCUCUCUUACAGGAGAGGUCACUGAUAAAAAAUGGGGUCACUUGUCCCGCCUGCCAUGUGGAAAAGCAAGAUCCCUGCGUCCCGGAGAGAGCCAUGGCCUGUACAGGUGAAGAAACUCAUUGUGUCUUCCAAACUUCAACCAUGUAUAGAGCUUAUAAAGUAUAUUCAUAUGGUUGUGCAACACAGAACAUUUUCAAGAACAAUGGAGAAUUUGUGAAUUCAUUCAGCUUACUUACUAAAUUUGUAAUACAAGAAAUCAGCAGCAAACAUCAGCUGCCUGUGGGUAAAGCUGCAGAUGCUGGCUAUGACAAAUGA